GGAAUUUGCCUCCCGAGUGUCACUCGCCGCGCCUGCUUCCAGGUUCCCUUUCCUGUCGCAGCCUGUCUCUCCGUCUUACAUGUGACCUCAACUGGGAAAAAAAGAAAGAGGAAACAACAAAGUACGGACACGCUUCCCAACUCCGUAUUCUUAUUAUUAUAUGAUCAUUAUUAUCCGUGUCAUUAUCAUUCCCCGUUAUCGUUCUUCGGCUUUAUUCCCACCCAUUCCCUAUCACCACUACCACCACCACCACCACUUACUAACUUACCAACCACUUCUUGCGCCCUACGACACUCUUCUUCUAUUCUACUUCCUACUUACCUUAUCACACCGACCACUUCUGCAACUAUUAUACCUACCCCUACUACCCCUACUACUGCUACUAUCUACCUACCUACUUACAUCCCUUUCUCCCCACCCACCCAACUGCUCUAACCUACUGCAACUGCUAUUGGAACAUCUUCCUUGUCUGGGUCGAUUACGCUAUCAACAAAUCAAUUUGAACAAUUUUGCCCUUCUCAUCACCGCGUGGUGCAUGCUUACUACCUACCCUUCGGAGCUACCGGCAUCUGUCUCUUUUUCGUGGGGGUGACCUUCUCCCUCCCUCUGACUCUUGCCCCGUGUUUCCUUCCCCCCCCCCCCCCUGCUGGGUUUCAGCCGGUCGCAAACGACUUGUCCGACCCAUCGGCAGCGACACGCAUUCUCUCGUUGAGCGCUUCGCUCUACUUCGCUUUCUUCUCUCCUCUCCACAUUUA